UUAAUUUCUUGUCUUCUUCAACCUCAUUUAUAACUGCACCAUCCAGCUACCCACCACCAGUAGUGAUCAGAGCUAUUUAAAGUUCCAUCUCAUCACAGCCUAGCAUUCAACAAUCCCCUUAAAUGCAUCUCUCUCUAGUCUCUACCAUUCAUUUAAAGAGUAAUACUAAAGCUUAUACCUAUAAUCUGAGCAUCUCCCUCUUCUACCCAGUGUUCUUCAAAAAAAAGGAAACCUUUUUGUUUGAGGGAUUGAGACUUGAGAACAGAAACAAGAAAAUCAAUUGGGGGUUCGGGUAGAAGUAUCUGUAGUAUCGAAGAUGAUGAUGAAGAAGAAUACUCUUUUCCUCACAGUUCUUCUGGUAUUUUUUGUGUUUCAAAUAGGACAGAGCAGCUCAGCAUCAGUGGAACAAGAUUGCAGCACCGAGCUGACAAAGGUGAGUCCCUGCCUAACCUAUGCCACUGGGAAAUCGGCGUCUCCCUCGGCCGAGUGUUGCAGUGCGGUGAGCGAAAUCAAGAACAAGAACCCAGUUUGUCUCUGUUACAUCAUUCAACAGACCCAUGAUGGUCUGCCCUCGCUCAAGCAGAUGGGGCUUCAGGAAGACAAGUUGAUUCAGCUUCCCACUACUUGCAAAUUGGUCAAUGCUAGUAUCAGUGACUGCCCAAAGCUCUUAAAGUUAUCACCCAGCUCUCCUGAUGCUGCAGUUUUUACAAACACUUCAUCUGCAGCAACUUCCAAUUCAACAACUGCGACUCCAACCUCAAGCGCUAACUCCACAUCCAAUGGAUUUAAGCAUGGACUCUUAGCUGCAGGUCCUACUGCUCUCACCAAUGCUUUGGCUGUCUUCAUCUCAGUGUUCCCAUCUGGGCUCUUCUUCCUGGUGUGAGCAGGAGCGUGAUGCCAUGAAGUUGUAGUACUAAAUCACGAUCAAUUUUAUGUUUAAAAACUUUUCUCUUCAGGAAACCAGAUAAUUUAGUGGUGGUUGGCAAGGCUAGUGAGUUAAAGGAUUUUGUGUUUCAGACAUUACCAUGAAAUUAUUUUGGAUUUUGGAUUU